UAAUUUGUGGUGAUUCUACUAAGCGUUAUAAAAUUACAAAUUGGAGAGUGAAACGCAACGGAAAAAGUAUUAUGGACAAUUACGCUGGCGUAACGCCCUUAGGGCAGAUCAACAGCACAAAUUCCGAUGCCAUGAUUCUCUGCUGUGAAUGUGGCGUUACUAUUCAGCCAAACCCAGCUAACAUGUGUGUUGCUUGUUUGCGGAAUCACGUUGAUAUCACAGAGCAUAUUCCCAAACAGGCGGUGCUGCAUUUCUGCCGCAGUUGUGAACGGUACUUACAGCCGCCCGACGAAUGGGUACAAGCAUCGCUGGAGUCGCGAGAGCUGCUUGCUAUAUGCUUAAAGAAGCUGAGAGGUCUCAAGGAUGUGAAACUGGUAGAUGCGGGAUUCAUUUGGACAGAGCAGCACUCAAAGCGUAUCAAAGUCAAACUGACUGUGCAUGGCGAGAUCGCGGGUGGGACGGUGUUGCAACAGGUCUUUGUUGUAGAGUUUACAGUGCAGAAUCAAAUGUGCAACGACUGCCAUCGCACAGAGGCCAAAGAUUUUUGGCGUUGCUUGGUGCAGGUGCGCCAACGGGCCGAGAAUAAAAAGACCUUCUACUAUCUUGAACAGUUGAUACUUAAGCACAAGGCGCACGAGAAUACACUCGGCAUUAAGUCACAACAUGGCGGCUUGGACUUUUACUAUGCGAAUGAGAAUCAUGCGCGUCGUAUGGUCGACUUUUUGCAAACCAUGGUACCAGCCAAAGUGACCACAUCAAAACGUCUCAUCUCGCACGACAUUCACAGCAACAACUACAACUACAAAUACUCGUGGUCUGUGGAAAUCGCACCGGUUUCGAAAGACAGUGCUGUUUGCCUAUCGAAGAAACUCCGCCAUCAACUGGGAAAUCUUUCGCCAGUGUGCCUUAUCAAUCGUGUGUCCAGCAGCGUACAUCUAAUUGAUCCAAUGACUGCUCAAAUAGCCGAAUUGACCUCUCAGGUAUAUUUCCGUGCACCCUUUGAGGCCAUUUGCAAUCCCAAACAGUUGGUGGAGUAUGUGGUAAUGGAUGUGGAGGUGAUCUUGGAUAAAGAUCGUAAAACGUACCCAGGCCAGGGUCAGUUGUCGUUUAAACACGUUCUCUGCGAUGUUUGGGUAGUGCGUGCCUCUGAUCUGGGCAUCAAUGAUAAUACAAUUCAUACACGUUCACACCUGGGCCAUUUACUCAAGGUGGGCGACUCUGUCAUGGGUUAUAAUACAGGAGAAGCCAACAUUAAUGAUGCAGAAUUUGAGAAACUCCCAUCGGAGCUGGUGCCUGAAGUAGUACUUGUGCGCAAACACUACGAUCGGCAGACACGGUUAGACCAGCGUCUUUGGAAGCUCCAGCAUUUGGCAGACGAGGCAACGGAUGAGCGCAGUAAACAUGACUUUCACGAAUUCCUGGAUGAUCUGGAGGAGCACGCUGAUAUGCGUGGUCAUAUAAAUAUUUAUCGCGACCCUAAGAAACAGCUAUCUCGCGAUAUCCAAACGGACGUACCUCAAAUAACAUUGGCUGAAAUGUUGGAAGAGCUGACACUGGAAUGUGAGGACGAUGCAAUGGGUGAGGAUCAGCAGGAGGAAGUGAACGGCCAGCAGGCUGAACCACAGCUUUAGUUUGCAAUGUAUAAAUAAAUAUAUUUCGAAAUAAAACAAUGUAACCACAAAAAAGCUGAAUUGUUUUGUAAUAAAUUAUCUUUCU